ACCUCUUAAUGUAGAGUGAAUAAAUGGAUAUCAGCAACCAAGCUGCUCCAAAGUCUGAUCUCCAAUCAGCCCAAGAAACGAACUGCUUUCAGGCCAUCAAAGCUGCAGUGAAGCUGCAAAAGGUUUACCGGAGUUAUCGUACACGUCGGAAAUUAGCAGAUUCAGCACUUGCAGCCGGAGGGCUUUGGUGGCAAGCAAUAGAAUAUGCUCGUUUGAAUCACAGCACGAUUGCUUUCUUUGACUUCUUCCAGCCUGAAAAACCAGCUUCGCGGUGGAGUAGGAUCAGUCAAAAUGCUUCAAAGGUUGGGAAGGGUUUAGGUGAGGAUGCAAAGGCUCAGAAAUUGGCUUUCCAACACUGGAUUGAAGCUAUUGAUCCCAGGCAUCGUUAUGGUCAUAAUUUGCAUAUUUAUUUUGAUGAGUGGUGCAGAAGCCACACUGAUCAACCAUUUUUCUACUGGUUGGAUAUUGGUGAUGGCAAAGGGGUCAAUAUUGAUGAAUGCCCAAGAUCAAGACUUCUGCAAGACUGUAUCAGCUAUCUCGGACCUAAAGAGAGGGAAUGCUAUGAAUACAUAAUAGUUGGAGGUCAAUUGAUGCACAAGCAAACUGGACAUCUUCUGGACACAAAUGAGGAAGUCACAGGCUCUAAAUGGAUCUUUGUGAUGAGCACUUCCGGAAAAUUAUAUGCUGGAGAGAAAAAGAAGGGAAGAUUUCAUCAUUCCAGCUUUCUUGCAGGUGGCGCCACGCAAGCAGCAGGAAGACUUGCAGCAGAACGUGGAAGCCUCAAGUCUAUAUCAGCCUAUAGUGGACACUAUCGGCCAACAGACGCGAAUCUCAGUAUCUUCCUGGCCUUCCUACAAAACAGUGGUGUUAAUCUCGACGAAGUUCAGGUAAUUUUCUGCACAGAAUGUCAGAGCUGUGAUGCUGAUAGCUCAGCUGGUGAAGGUAAGACUCGCCUCCCAACUGAAUCCGAACAGCCAAGUGCCAUGAAUCCAAUGAUUACACUACAGCAAUCACAGCAGCUAUCCCAGCUUUCUAAAGAGGAAACUCAAGGCAGUCUCAAGAAUAACUGGUCCAUAGAUUCCAAGAGUAAAAAUCAUGCAGAUGAUGAAGUCCAAGACAAAUCGGCCAUGAUAUGACUUGGGGCGUUAAUUGUCUUUGAAGUGAUCACAACAGGGUUAAGCUAUCACAGAAACUCUCGAGCAUCCACCAAAUGAUGAUAGCCCAACAUGUACUAAGUAUAUGCAUCAUAACUAUUCUGAUCAUUCAAGAGAAAACUUGUCUUUCCCUUUCCAUUAAGUGACCAAUUUACAUACACACGUUCUUUAACUAACAGCAAUAUACUAAUAUCCAGCUUAGUAGCUUACUUCUCCAACACCUUCUCUUUCAUCAGUUCCCGGACUUUGGUAAUUCCAUUCCAUAUCUUUGAAUCAGCAACCAACUUUGAUAGCAUGAGUGAGCUGAAUGAAUCAUCCGGAUCAACACUCAAAAUCUCUUUAGCAGAAUAUCCAGCCUACAGCAAAUCUUUGUUGGUUGUGUAGUCUGAUAAAAGGCAUUGCCACACAAAACUUUUCAUGAAUUCAUAUGCUCAUCUAUUUUUUGCAUGCAAAUUUACUAACAAUACAGGCAAGAUGGUCUGUCUUUGGAAUAAUUCCAAAAUCUUUGGUCAUUGAAUCAAAAUGGUUCAUUUGGCUCCUCCAAAUAUCCUACACAUCCACAGGCAUGCCCCAAUGAAAGUAACAUCAUUUGGUUUUAAUCCAUUUCUCCUUAUAAGGUCAUAACUCUCCAAACUUCUCAUCCAAACAUGGGGCAUACACUGCAAUCACGGCACUCCAUGAAACCAGAUUCUUGUUAGGAAGGAUGUCAAAAAACUUUGUGAGCACCAUUUGUCAUCCCCAUUUGGCAUCCAUUCCGAUGAUAGAACACCUCCAGCAACUACAUCCCAAUCUAAAAUCCAGUUUCUAUUAUACAGAAAUGAGUUUGAUUUCCCCGGUCAACUGUAGGUAAACACCACAAAUGCUUAAACAGCUCGAAUAUAUGCAAAGAUUGGGGCCAAUGCCCACCAGAAACACGUUCUGGAUAACCCAAUCACUUCUUUAUAACAACAAGCAUCCAUCCAGCUGCCAAAUAUCCAGAUACAAAUUAUCAUGCAAAUCCAUUUCACAAAAAGCUCUGCAGGACGCCCUGAAGGCAACCAAUUUCUGCAUAAAAACUCAACAUUGUGUGUUCAGAUACAAAAAAUCAAGCACUGAUCCAAGCACAUAAAGCAGACAUUGAUCCGAAGCAAUUCAAGGCUUCUUCUGACAACCCCAUUUGAUAAUACGUGUAAACCAGUUAUAUCCAAGUGACAAGCUUCCUCAAAGGCAUUCUAUCAAACAACUUCUGUGCGUAGUCAGUAGAGUUGAGUUGAGAAUUGAAUUUGUUGCUAGCGCCCGAUUGAAUGCGGCGAGAGAAAUGCCAUAACUAUUAACUAUUGAGGUUGUAUUCUUUGUAUUGAAAGAUACUAAAAUUUAUGGGUUAAUUACACUCAAAUUCCCUGUAAAAAUAUUUUGU